AGAAUAGCAAUUGAAUUGUCCCGAAAUUCAGUUGCGAGUAGCAAAAGUGUAGGCAACCCUGAUGGCCUGCCUCAUGUGGAGCGACCCCAAACCUCAUCCCCAAAGCCCAACAACAUCAACAUCCAUCCACAUCACCCUCAUCCUCUGCCACAGACCAAACCCCAGCGCACACACCACAUCAACAAGAGUGUUGAGCCUGUUGAAUUGGAGGCAGAGAGACAGUCUACGAGCUCCUCUGAUACUGAGGACCUGAGUGAGGGAGAAUUGAAUGACCAAGAAGAGGGACCAGACCACAGUAUUGCCACUGCCGAAUAUGCUAGCAACGAUGAAAAUGAUGUGGAUGAUGAGACGAUGAGUGGAGACAAUGACGUGGAACACUCUGCUGCAUCCUCUCUCCUUGCUAGUCUCCAUGAAGCUUCAGCACUUCAUGACCGGCCCAUCCUAAACCAUGGCCGGUCUCACAACACCAACUUCUUGUCUGAUUUGGAUUCGUUGACAGAGCAGCUAGGGGCGGUUGGCAGCAUACAACCCGACUUGAGCUCGCCCCAAGGUGAUGAGAUGAUGCUGCUUCACCUUCUGGAGAUGCAAGGUCGAGGGGGCCCUGACCAUCGCCGGCCCUGGAAUAAGCCGUGCCUUGGUGGCAUUGAGUGCAUAUUAUACCAACAGUCUGGAGUUCAAGGUAAAAGACAACCUCCCUUGCCCACAGGCUCAAGGCACAAGUCAAACCGCAUGGUUCGUAAGCCCCUCCUCCCCAUUGCCUCAAGUGUCUUAGACACACUGCAGCUCGACAUGGCAACUCUUCUCCAGUCAAAUCUUCCAGCGCAUUCCGGAAUCUCCUCCCUGCAAGCACACACAGGUGGGCUUCCAGACCAUGACCGCCCAGUCAUGCAGCAUCCGCAGCACCUCAAUAAUACAAGUCCGCCUACAAAGAGUGGAUACAGACCACCCUUGGCUCCACGGCCUUCUUUGUACACUCACCAAUUAGCAGAGGAAGCAAAGAAGGAAGCCCAGUCAGCAUCUAAUGUUGCCGAUAAGGACUUGAGUGAGUCAUCAAUGUGUGACUUGUCGCUGGAUCCUGUGUCACUGUCGGACAUGACACUAGAAGAGGGUCCUCUCUCAGUUGUUGAGGAACCAGAGUCUUUGGGAGCUUCAGGUGCAGCAGCAGCACCCGGGACUGGAUCCUCAGCUGCAUCGGUGGCAGUGUCGGGGGGAGUAGCACCAGCCGCACCUGGUGACAGCGCAGUUAGCAGUGACAACACCAGCGGCAAUGUCAGCGACGGCGGAACAGAGGUACCUUGCAUCCCCGCCCUCAACACUGCAAGGCUCAUCGCACGCAUGAACAAAAUGGCGGAAACCAAAGGAAGUGAAAAAGCGGGCUGGGCAGCAGCUGCCAGUCUCCCGUUUACCCUUGGCUUCAAAAUACCCGCAGAGAAGCAUACCCAAGAUAAAGCUCAGGACAAGAAUAGGGAUAAAGAAGACAGGAGACCCACCAAGGAUGACAAAUGAGAAGAAGACAUAAAAGAGCCACUGUCUGUGGCUGCAUGUUGGAGAGAAGGGAAAAUUGUUGGGAAGGUUUAAACCAAAGGUAAUUUUAUGGCCAAAUUUGAAGCAGAAAAGAAGAGAGAGAAUUUGAACAUGAAUUUUGUUGUAGAUUGUAUAAAAAUUAUAAGUUGGGAAAAUUAAUUUUAAAUUAAUAAACUGCAGGUAUGCAGAUUAUUUAAUAUUUUGUUACUGUUGUAUCUUUUUUUCCACUGAAGACCAAAACUCCUAGAAAAAUGUUGGUGCCAAAUGCCCUAACUUGCAAUGCUGUGCUGCAAGUUAGAAGCAUAGGCAAAAUCCUGCAAGAUGUAAAGAAUAAAACUUAUCCGAUGUUGAAAAUUGCUGAAAGCUAGAGAGUUGUCAGCAGGCAUCCAGUAGUAAUUCAUAAUUACAACUUUAUGAUGUUUGUGAAGAAAAGUCACAGCCAAGGUUUAGUUUCCUGUUUUUUUAUUAUCAAAUAUGGUUCAAGUGUUUCCAAAUGUUGGAUUUUGUUGGUUGGUUUGAUAUCAAGGGUUUAUUCUGCGAAGUAAUGUGGAGUCAUAAUGAUUUCCCAGUGAUGCAUUAACAAAAAUAAGAUUAGAGAUGUUAGUGUAAACUUUGAAGUAAUGAAUUGUUAAGCAGUCUUGUUCCCUUUUCUCCUGGAUAGAACACAUAUAUUCAUACUAAAGAACCCAAUGCAUCUGGCUUUGCUCAUGAAAAGGAUGAUGGUUUUCGUCCUCAUUUUUUAGACAGAUUACACAGAAAACUUUUACCCCUCAAGUUAUUUUUAACUGAAGGGCAGAAUUACCAUGGUAGCAUUGAUGUGUAGGACAUCAGUGUCUCUGAACUAUUUUGUAUGUAGUAGAUAUUUUACCUGAGAAUUAAUAUGACAUAGAAGGCCAUCUUCUGUUAGGAAAAUAUAUGUUCAUGGCUAAUUGUUGUUAAUACUGUUCAAGUAUAUAUUUUUAGUCAGAAUGUGAGAAGUGACUGUGUACAUGGUAAAGCGAGAAUACAUGGUGUGCAAGCAACCGGAGAAAGUAAAUUGUUAUUUUUAUUCUGAACACUGCAUUUUAAAGUAAAAAAAAAUUGUGACAUUUAGUCUAGCACAUUGCAGUUCAAUAAAUGCAUUUGUGUGGAAUUAGAAGUAGCAUUAUAUGUAUCCAGUUAAAUGCAUUUUACACCAACAAAAUUGAACCUUUCCAACUGAAUUAACUUGAAAUGGGUCUGAAAAGCUGGAAAUUAUUACAGAGAUAUUUAUAUGUGAAAGUUGGUGCUCAGAGCGGGACUUGGUAAAGAAAGUGUUAUUCUGUAAAAUAUGUAAUAUAUUAAUAUAUUAAGAAAACUAAAGCAACCCUUCAAAUUUUGCACUAGACUGGUUGCUGCCUUUACUAAUGUUUGAAAAGAAAAAUUACACCUGCAAUUUACCAUCACCUCCAAUGGUGCAUUUCAUGACUGGCUAUGAAAUAGAAAACUUGUAUGGUUAUAAAGGAAGUCUCCUGAAAUACUGAGGAGGAAUACUAAGGCAACUAUAGUGUUUAUAUGGGGGAAUUUCUCCAUAUUAUUUCAAGUGAGUCACCAAAUCAAGGCUAAAGGUGUAAAGGCAUUAUAGCUUUGUUUAUAUUUAACUUCUUAUUGGAGGUCAGAAUCUUUCAGUUAGUCUCUAUGCAGGAAAUGGAUUAUGAUAUAGAGGCUCUCUGUCUAACUUGUAUUAUUUUGAAUCUUUUUAUAUGAUGGAUUACAAAACCUGAUGUUACUCAGAUGUAUUCGUAAAUAGAAUACAUUAAAAAGCUGUAUGAUUAUUUCCUUUCAUAAAUCAUAUAUUUUUUUCAUAAAAAUUGCAUUAUUUUUCCAUGAGGAUGUACAAACGCCUUACUUUCUCUCUCUCUCUCUCUCUCUGCCUCUCUCUUAGAUACUGCUAUGUUGAUUUGAUGUCUUUUGUACCAGAAGGAUUUCUUAUUUAUUUUACAGACAUCUUAGAAUAAAGAGAUUUACAACA